AUGGAGUUGAUUUGUGGUGAAAACGAGCACUUUGUGUUGGCCGCUGAAGGCAGUUCUGAUCUCAGGUCGGUUCGUGCUGGAUGUGACCCGGUUCUGACCCGAGACAGUCGGGUUUGGAGAAAUAUGACGAGUUUAGAAAGAAACCACACGAUUUCACGGUCUUAUUUCGGCACCAUACAGAAUGAUGUAAAGCCGAAUAUGAGGAGAAUUUUAACUGCUUGGAUGUUGCAGGUCUGUGAAGAGCAGAGGUGUGAGGAGGAGGUGUUCCCAUUGGCUGUGCAGUACCUGGACAGGUACAUGGCUCAUCACCUCGUGGACACGUCCAGUCUGCAGCUGCUCGGCACCGUCUGCAUGUUUAUAGCCUCCAAACUCAGAGAGAUGGUUCCCCUGAACGCCACAAAGCUCUGUAUCUACACCGAAAACACCAUCUCUGUUACACAGCUACUGAAGUGGGAGAUAUUAGUUGUCUCUAGGUUGGGCUGGGAUUUGGCCUCAGUUUUGCCCUCAGACUUCUUGGAGCCGCUACUGCAUGGCCUUCCUAUAAUUCCUCAUGACCUCUCAGCCCUGCGCAGGCACACACACUCAUACAUUGCUCUAGCUGCUACAGAAUUCACAUUUUCAACAUAUAAGCCCUCCAUUAUCGCCUGCAGCUGUGUAGCUGCUGCAAUUCAGCGCCUGAACCUACUGGAUGACGCACUGUCCUGUGCCACACUCCUGCAGCUCAUGGCUAACGUCUUAGACACUGACCUGGUGUCUCUCUGUAACUGUUACACCGCCUUGGAGGAGACUCUGAAGCUCACUCUGCCCCCCAACACCCCCCUGCGCACGUCUGCCUCACCUGUUCUUGAGGUCAGCCACACACCUUUUAAGAUCCAGGAAGUUAAACUGUCCCGUCUGAGCUCUACAGAAUCACUCCGCACAACUCAUUAGCUCCUGUUCGUUAGAACGACUAUAUUAAUUCACUAUCAGUACGUCCUAGUCAAGUAGAUCAAUAGGCUAUAAUAAUUAUAAUAAGUGUUAAUAUGCACUAUCAGUUACAUUGAAUAAAUGUUUUUGUUUGACGUUAACUAU